AUGACUGUCGCUCCAGAGGCCCCGGCUCUGACCCCUUACGAGUCUCUGACUCGCAGCUUGCAGUUCGCCGACAAUAGCCAGCAUGUCUGGUGGCAAAAGGUCGGAUUGAUGAUGUCCAAGGUCCUUGGGUCCGCGGAUGGUAGCUGGGAAGAACAGCUCGGUUACCUCCAAUUCUUCGCGCGGAUCGUCCUUCCCCAGCUGGGCCCAUAUCCACGAAAAUUCAACAGCUCCAUCACACGGAGUGGUCUCCCUGUCGAGUUCAGUAUCAAUUACCAGCAAAAUGGAAAACCGCCGGUGGUUCGUGUUGGUUUUGAACCUCUCGGCGACUUGUCGGGAACGGCAAAAGAUCCUUUCAACAAAGUUCCCGUGACUAAACUCCUUCCCGCGCUCUCGCAGCUACAGAUAUCGGGCUUCGACCUCCAGCUUUGGGAUCAUGUUGUUAAAGAACUCACGAUAAGCGAGAAUGAGCAAACCUCCAUUGAAGGAACAGAGAUCGAUGGCGGGUAUCUCAGGAGCCAAACUGCAUUCGGCUUCGAUCUGAUCGGUGGUGGAGGUGUCUCGGUCAAGGGAUAUGCGUUUCCGGCGUUAAAAUGCAAAGUCACCGGGAAAUCCAUGGCCGAAAUGAUGGCCGACUUCGUCAAGAACACGGAGCAUCUUGUUGACUGCUCAGCCGCGUUUUCGAUGGUACACGCCUACCUGAAGGACAAGGGCUACGACGACAGAGCAUUCUUGUCCUGGGACUUUGUGCAGCCAUCGAAAUCUCGCCUCAAGUUAUAUACUGCUUCCAACAACGUCACUCGGGACAAACUGGAGGAGGCUUGGACCCUCGGCGGGCGGCUUCAAGGUCCUACGGUGUCCAAAGGUCUCGAGUACUUGAAGCUACUUUUCGAUCUCAUCAACCUCGAGGAAGGAGAGCGCCCAGUUGAAGUAGCAUUUGAUGAUAGUAAACAUUCCUCCAAGGCAACGCCCUUGGUUUGGAACUAUGAGAUGAGAGCUGGUGACCCAAAUCCCUUGACGAAGCUCUAUUUCCCUAUUCAUGGGGAGAACGACAUGCAGAUCAUCACUGGAGUGGCCCAGUUCUUCCGCAUGAUCGGUUUGACGGACCUGGGCCACUCCUAUGUAGACACGGUCAAAUCCUACUUUCCGGACAUUGAUCUAAGUACAACCGAGCGUUUUACUUCCUGGGUUUCUUUCGCAUACACGGAAAAAACCGGUGUGUAUCUGAGUGUUUACUAUCAUUCGUCGACGGACAACCCGUGGGAGACAGAAAAGCCAAGCGGAGCCUGAAGGAGCGAGGUAGUCAGGGAACAGAGCUCAGUUUGAACUCGAAUAAGCUAAGUUUUGUAGCUAUGUAUGUGUUUACAUAGUAACUACGUAGCCAAUGAACACCCAACUACAUGACACUAC